CUCUCUCUCUCUCUCUCUCUCUCUCUCUCUCUUCUUUCCAUUUCUUCUUCCUCCUUCCUUCUCUUCCAUUGUCGUCUCUCUCUCUCUUCUUCAAAGCCCCCAAACCAAACCCGAAAUCUCACAAACAAACAAGAAAGAAAGAAAGAAAAAAACUUUCCCCCAAAUGCUUUGAAACCCAACUCCCAGCUUCUCCAUCUUUCCUCUCUCUCUAUCUCUCGGUCACGCCGUCCCCGGCCGACUGAGAAAUGCGCCGGGAAUUCUCGUCCUGAUCUCCUCCGAUCAGUACCCAAUUGACCAUCUCCCGUCGAAUUCCACGAACCCCUACUACAUAUGGGGCAGUGCUGUGCGAAGGGAGCGGUGUUGUCCGAUCAGGCGCCGCAAUCGGCGUCCUUCAGCAACAAUGAAGCAGCGCCGGGGAGGAGUAACAACAACAGCAGCAGCAACAACCAUCAGGGUGCGGCGAAGUCUCCGUCGUCUGUCCCGACGACUCCGGUCUCCGGGGAUUCAAAUAACGGCAGUUCGUAUGCUGCUAGUCCGUUUCAGAGUCCCCUGCCGCACGGGGUCCCGCCGUCUCCUUCCCCGUCGGGGACGCCAGGGAGGAAGUUCAAGUGGCCCCUGCCGCCGCCGUCUCCGGCGAAGCCGAUCAUGCGGAUGAUGCGGAAGAAGGGCCUGACGAAGAAGACGCCCAAGCAAGGCCCGAUUCCGGAGGACGGGGAGGGCGGAGGCGGCGGCGGGGAUGAGAGCGAGGUCCCGCUGGACAAGAAUUUCGGGUACCCGAAGAACAUUGCGGCCAAGUACGAGCUCGGGAAGGAGGUGGGGAGGGGGCAUUUUGGGCAUACUUGUUGGGCUAAGGGGAAGAAAGGCGAGCUCAGGGGCGAGUCCGUCGCUGUCAAGGUCAUUUCCAAGGCCAAGAUGACAACAGCAAUUGCCAUUGAGGAUGUUCGCCGGGAGGUAAAAAUAUUGAAGUCAUUGUGUGGGCAUAAGCACAUGAUAAGGUUUCAUGACGCCUUUGAGGAUGCCAAUAACGUCUACAUUGUUAUGGAAUUGUGUGAAGGUGGAGAACUUCUUGACAGAAUUUUAUCGAGGGGUGGGCGGUACACUGAGGAGGAUGCAAAAGCCAUUGUCAUUCAAAUUUUAGGUGUAGUUUCCUACUGCCAUCUUCAAGGUGUUGUACACCGUGAUCUAAAGCCUGAGAACUUUCUGUUCACCACUAAAGAUGAGGAUGCUCCAAUGAAGAUUAUUGAUUUUGGCCUCUCUGACUAUGUUAGGCCAGAACAACGCCUCAAUGAUAUUGUUGGAAGUGCAUACUAUGUGGCACCUGAAGUGCUCCACCGAUCAUACAGCGUUGAGGCUGAUAUGUGGAGUGUUGGUGUGAUAACUUACAUAUUACUAUGUGGGAGUAGACCUUUCUGGGCUAGGACUGAAUCAGGGAUCUUCCGGUCUGUGUUGAGAGCUGAUCCUAACUUCAAUGACUCUCCUUGGCCCUCAGUUUCACCAGAAGCAAAAGAUUUUGUGAAAAGACUUCUGAACAAGGACCACAGAAAAAGAAUGACAGCUGCCCAAGCUCUUUCUCAUCCAUGGAUAAGAAGUGAAGCCCAAGAGGUGCCUUUGGAUAUUUUUGUAUUCAAGACAGUCAAGUCAUAUGUUCGUGCCACACCUUUCAGACGUGCAGCACUGAAGGCUCUUUCAAAAGGAAUUCCUGAGGAUGAACUUGUCUAUCUGAGAGCUCAAUUUGAGCUCCUAGAACCAAAAGAUGGAUAUGUGUCCCUUAACAAUUUCAGAGCGGCAUUAACCAGAAAUGUGACCGAUGCCAUGAAGGAGUCGAGAGUUAUCGACAUUUUACACACACUUGAACCACUCUCUUACAAGAAAAUGGGGUUUGAAGAAUUCUGCGCGGCAGCUAUCAGUACAUAUCAGCUCGAAGCCCAUGACGGGUGGGACAAGAUAGCUAAAACAGCUUUCGAUCACUUCGAACAAGAAGGAAACCGAGUUAUAUCGGUGCAGGAACUGGCACUGGAAAUGAACUUGGGGCCAGCAGCUCAUUCGCUGCUCGCAGACUGUAUCAGAACCUCUGACGGGAGGUUGAGUUUUCUUGGAUAUACGAAAUUCUUGCGUGGUGUGACUAUACGGAGUACGAACACCAGACCCAGAUAGAAAGACGGGGUUAUUUAGCUGCUAGAUUAUCUUGAUUUGUUUGCCAUUAUUCUUUUUUUGUUGUGGAGGGGGGGAAUACGAGUGUCCUUUCACUUGUAGCUGUUCUCCCUGUUCUUCUGUGGAGGUUGUGAUAGAGAGCUGAGGAAGAAGAGAAAAGGAAGUCGAGACAGAGAUGUGGACAUUUUCAAGGCAAAGGCAAGAGCAUGAUGAUUGAAAGUUGAAGCUUUGGUUUCUUCUCUUAUUUUUCCUGUUUUUAUAAGUCAUGUUUAUGUCGACGAAAUGAACAAAUUUUGGGAAAUGAUUAUAGUUAAUAGCUAACCUGUUUGUAGAAGGAAAAAAAAUUGAUGUAUUGUUAAAUGCAAUAAUGCACCUUCUGAUAUUUGGAAAUACUGUAUUCAGACUUGUUUCUUAUAUCACUAUCACAAUUAAGUAGGAUGGUAAAUGCAAUAAAGGACC